AUGCGUCUUACAUCUCUAUUUCUCUUCGCCACAUCGGCCCUUGCUGCUCUGCCUUACAAAGGCGUAGACUGGUCAUCCCUACUCAUCGAGGAAAAAGCGGGCAAAACAUACAAGAACAGCAAUGGCCAAACUCAGCCGCUCGAAACGAUCCUCAAGGCCUCUGGUGUGAACAUGGUUCGCCAACGUAUAUGGGUCAACCCCUCCAAUGGCGAUUACAACCUUGACUACAACAUCCGACUAGCCAAGCGCGCAAAAGCCGCCGGCCUGCCCAUCUACCUGGAUUUCCACUACAGCGACAACUGGGCCGAUCCAGGCAAGCAAGUCGUGCCCGCAGCGUGGAAAUCGCUUGCGCGCGACGCCCUCAUCAAGCAAGUCUACGACUACACAAAGCAAGUCCUCGACCGCUUCCAGCGCGAAGGCCUCCCGCUAUCCAUCGUCAGCAUCGGCAACGAAAUCACACCAGGCCUACUCUUUCCUAUCGGCCAGCUGAGCAACAAACCCGAUGGCCCCAAAAACGUUGCCGCGUUGCUGAAAUCUGCGUCUCGCGCUGUCAAGGAGUCGACUCUGUCCCCUAAACCGAAGAUUAUGAUUCACCUUGAUAACGGCUGGAAAUGGGAGACGCAGCAGUGGUGGUACGACUUGGUCCUUGGCUCCGGCGGUGGCCUGUCGACCAGCGAUUUCGAUAUCCAGGGCCUGUCAUACUAUCCGUUCUAUAACAGUGCGGCGACACUCGCUGCGCUGAGUGAUAGCAUGAAGCGCUUGGCAAAGAAGUAUGGGAAAGAGGUACAGAUUGUCGAGACGAACUGGCCCAGCUACUGCCCGAAUCCGGCGCAUGCGUUUCCAGCUGAUACGAAGAAUGUUCCGAUCAGUGCGGAUGGCCAGGCUCAGUGGAUGAAGGAGCUCGCGAAGCGUGUUGCAGCCGUGGAGGGAGGCAAGGGCACCGGUCUGUUCUACUGGGAGCCUGCAUGGAUUGACAAUGCUGGGCUUGGAAGUAGCUGUGGAUGGAAUCUUAUGGUUGGAAAUGAUGGCAAGGUUAUGAGUAGUCUGUCUGUGUUCAAUAGUAUAUGAGUUGAGCUGCUGCGACAUGUAGUAGAAGAAAUACUAUACCCAGUUCCUAAAACGUUAUACAAGAC